UACUACUUAUUAAUAUCCUGUCCAGACACGUACACUUUACCCGAAGAUUGACAAAAAGGGUGAGGAACAUGAAAGAAGAUGGCGGAAGAAGAAGAAUAUGAAGAAUAUCCACAAGAUUUUCAGGAUCGGUUUUCUGCGUUGAAGGCACAGUGGAAGACUGCACUGAAGAAGAAUAAAAAGUUGCUACUGAAGUGCCCUAAUUACGACAGGUGCCAGUUCAAGUGCGGCAGUGUCGGAGGCAUGACCUAUCAUUUCGUGCGCUGCGAGGGGGUCUGCGAGCGGUUCCACUGCUCAAAGUGUUCGCGCUCGUACGAGAGCCGCACGGGUCUCAACUAUCACAUCUCCAAUGCUCCAGCCGUAACUAGGAGAAAUGUACACAACACCUCAACUAAGGCUUCUCGACCAACCAAAACCACACCCACCUCCUCGACAAAGACCACACCCAACUCGUCGGCUAGAACCACGCCCGCAACUUCCCCGAACCCUCCGCCUACUUUUACGAGCAUCCCCACCCUCGCUCUUUCGCCCGUCGUCGUCGUUCCUUCUCGACGACCCUACAGCAGAUGGUGCGAGGAGAAGAGGAGAAGGGGAGCGACGGGAGGGAGAGGGAAAAAGCCCGGCGGUGUAAAGUUGGACCCGGCUGAUCCCGAAUUCAAACCGGCUCGGAGCGAGGAGGGAAGAGGAGAGACUGGAGUAGGGAGGGCUGCGAUGAUCACAGGAUCACAUGCCCCGCCCAUGAACGAUGCUCGUCCAGUGUCACCGAUUCUGCAGACACCUGUGACCUCAGUCUCAUUAAACAUACAGCCAACCAAAGGAACAGCGUUCACAGGCACGAUUCCAGUCGAGGCUUACCACACCAUCGGUCGUCUCCACAGCUCCUCCUCUGACGACUCGCCGGCUCCGCCCGUUCGCCAGAAGAAACGAAGGGUGGAACCCAGUAUCCCACGGGGCAGGGCGUUGCUGGGCGGAGCUGGUUGGGGAGGGGGUGAGGCCUCGAAGAUUGGCGGAGACUGGGGGAGUGAGGAUGGUUCGCAAGAUUAUGACCUGAGACGAUCUCGUAAACAGUACAAGCCACGCCCUACCUACUACACCUAUCUACAGAACGUGUUUGACUGCCACACCCUCCCAAUUCCCACCCAGACUCCGCCCACUCCACCCGAGCGGCUCCGCCCAAAUGACUACGACGUUUACGACGAGGUGGAGACGGAAAUCUUCGUCUACGGCAGCGGAGAGCUGUUUCUGGACGAGUCGGCUCUCGAGUACCAGAAAAUGAGCGAAGAUUCCGACAGCGAGACAGAGGACCAGUAUAUGGACCAGCAGGCUCUGCCUUCUCCCUCACUUCACAGCGAGUCGAGUGCCUCGGAGCAGUCCUCUGACGAAGAAUACAUGUGCCCCCUCACCAAGAAGAAGCCGAAACCAAAGAAGACGGUCCAGAAAGUGAAAGAGGAGAAGAGAGAGCCGGCGGCUCGGAGCGAGGAAGAGGAGAUGGCGACGGGAGGAGAAACUGGUAAAACGGGUUACAAACUGGUCUCGGCGGCCGGUUACCCCCCGCAGCUGGUCAGGACCAGUCACGGUCAGUCGGCAGUACGAGACACCUCCUCCGACUUUGCCAGAAAACAGGUUUCUAAACUGGUUAGACCCGAAGCACCUCCCCUCGUCAAGACAGCCUGGCCUUCCUCAAGUCACCGUCACUACUCCUCCGGUGAAAUCAAGGUCGUCCCCGGCAAUGCAGUGGGCGUGGUUAUGGGAGGAGCCAGCUCUAAACAGGGCGAACGACAGUUGCUCCCUAAAGUGAAACAGAAACUGGAUCACAUGAGUCCCAUUAUCAGCCUUCCCAAGAUUCACCAGCCUCAGGUGAUCUUGUCAGCCGGGGUCCAACGCCCCCCGCCCCCACUUGUUAGCACCAAGUCACGUGACUCUCAGGGCCACUCCCACUCUAUCAUAUCCGCCACUGCUUCUCAUUCGUUGUCAUCUUCGCAGCACCACAGACACCAUACGCAGACUCAAAAAUCCUCCAAACGUGUUUCCAUUGAUCCGAGUCUUCUUGGCCCCUCGAAAAAACCCUCCCCCCACAAAUCCCCGAAAACAGUUCCCCCAUUUUCCCUCAGUUCCCCUGUGAAGAAAUCCAAGCCGCCCCCCAACACCCAAUAUGGAGUGAUCGCCGCAAGUCCCUCCUCGGCCCCCCACAAAAUUCAGACCCCCACCACCUCGUUCUCCAUGGUUCAGCUACCCAGUAACAUCCCCCGAGUUAUGACCCCUAUCCAGUUAGUGUCCCCCAACCAAAAUCAGGCACCCCACGCCCUCACUGCGACAUCACAAGGCGCCUACCAGACUGCCAUGGGAUCAGGGGGCCUAAUUUUUCUCCAGGGGGGCACCCCCCAGACGACAUACAUUUCACAGGGGGGUCAAACGUAUCAGGUGAUUAACCCGGGGGCAGCUGUGUCGGCAGAGUCCUCACAAAAAGGGGGCAUACAGUACAUCAGGCAGUUGGACGGCCCCCCUGAUCGGGAAAAGUCCCCCGGGGGAAGUGGGCAAGGUGACAAAACUCGCGACGAAUUCGAGAAAAUGAGACAAAGUGAACGGGAAAAGCUGGGUCUUGGUGAGGGGGACAAAAAUUCAACGUCUUGGACCCCCGCUGUUAGGGACCCACGGAGAGAGAAAUUUCUGGCCCCUCAGCAUGAGGGGGUCACCGAAACCCACGGGGGCCGGGGGGAGAGUAUUCAGAGGCAGUCCCCCGAGGAUCGAAUGUCUGAAAAAUUGAAGUUCUAUCUUGCCAAGGAGAAAGAGAGGGUCAAGGGCGCACCUUCAAAAUCGCCACUGGCAACAAAGACAGGUGAAACAGGCUCCGCUAAUCGUGGGAGCUCACCCCAAACGAGCAGCUUGGAAUCGGCGCCCGGUGAUCGCAUUCCGUAUGCAUCACUACGGCAACGAGGGAGACGGUCAUCUUUGUCGGAAUCAUCUUCUCGCAGUCGGAAGAAGUUGCCGUCCGUUUCUCAGCAACAAGGAUCGAAACUGUCACGUCUCGUCGUGAGUCCCACUCUGUUUCGCAGCUCCUCCAGCCCCCCGGACCCCUCGGGGCAAAUUCCCCCCGAACCCCUCAGCCCAACAAAAACAACAACCGGAACAACAAAAACGACAACAAUGCCAAAAACAGCAGCAACAACUAAUACCCCUAGAACAAUUAAAAAGGCAAUUGGUGGAGCGAAAACAAAAGCGAAACUACAACCAAAGCCUCUAUUUUCACCUGAUAAUCUCACCGAAGAUGAUCCUGUGUCGUCCUUAGUGAGCUCCUCUGCUAGCCCCUCUCUGAUUGGUCAGUCUGCCCUCCAAACCACACCCACCAGCUUUGACCCUGAAUCUGAAAGCGUUGGUCUGGAACAGGGACAAGGCGAGGAAGUCCAGUGUCUGAAUUCAAACUCCAAUAACAAUGGAAAGUCAGGCACCAGCGAUCAGGAACCAAACGAUGUCGCUUGUGAAUCUCAUUCCGAGACCGCUGCCGGGAAUGUCGAUGGAAUGGAAUUGGGACAGACCACCAGGAAUGUUGGAAUGGAAUCGGGACAGGGCACCCACCACGAGUGUGGAAUGGAACAGGAUUCGUUGCUGGGUAAACGCAGUACUGAGGAAGAUGUUGUAACUCCACCGAGGAAGAGGGGUCGGCCAGCCGGUAGGGGGCGUGGCAGAGGGAGGGGGAAGGGAAAAACACAGUCGGGGUCACCUAGGGUGGAAGAGAACCGACCAAUCAGAUCGUGUCCUGACCAACAACACAGUCCUGAAGAGGGUUCAUCUCAGGCACAAGAUGAAAGUGGAAAAGAGCCAACUCCGCCAAGAAAAAGGGGUCGUCCUAAGAAAUCGACCAAUCAAACAACAAGCUCAGGACAAGGGAGCAUCGUUGAAAGUGAAACUAAAGAUCAGGACACCCCAGAAACUCCAUCCACCCCCAGGACACGAGGGAUGAGAAGACGCGAGGCUGAUCCGGUUCAGGACACUCCGACAACCUCGUCCCAACAGAGCGAAACUGAAACUGAAACUGAAGUCGCUACAACUCCGAGGAGACAGCGAGGUCGCCCACGUGGAACACCUGGAUCGGGCAAAUCUCGCAGUUUCCCCUGCAAUCACUGCGGCCAAGCUUUCACGACGAAAUACCUCCUUCAAGUCCACACCGACAACGAACAUCCGCCCGACCUCGGGCCUGAGGCGACGGUGGAGAAUUACCUACCUCUAUGGAAGAAGGUGCUGCGAAGAGUGAAGCAUGUUCGUUGUCAUGUGUGCAAGGAGUACAGGGCGACCAGUAUCCCGAGUAUGAAGUACCACUUUGCUCGUUGUGGGAAGACGCAGGAGCAGCUGCUGAUAUCGUGUGAGAUAUGCGGGAAAACGUACACUUCAAAACCGGGUCUCGCCUACCACAUGAGAGCUCAACACAGCCACACUUUAAACAAAUCCAGAGAGUCUUCACCGGCCGUUCUGUCUACUUCAACUGCUCCUCCUUCCUCCUCCAUCUCUCCCAACAUCUCCAUCGUCACUGUCGGAAGAGCCGCGGCCAGAAAAGCUCGCGAUCGCCUACACACCCUCAUCACACAACUUAGACCCCCCGAGGAAGACACCACGGUCACCAUGGAAACGGAGUCGCAGGGUGAGGUUGCCGACGGCGACCUGUCGUCAUCGGCAACGCCCACCCCAUCGGGAGAGAUUAAGAUGUGGAAACCGACCAAGACGAACUGGGCGGACUCGGCCGUCACGCCCCAGCAGAUGAAAGAGCUAAGGAAGAAGUUCCGCGCGUCAGAAGAUCCCAUGACUUGCCCAAUGAAGGGCUGUGUAAAGAGCUUCACGACGUUCCCCGGACUGCGGUACCACCUUCUCCACCACAACUCCUCCUCCAAACACCUCCCCGUGACCUGCCCAAAGUGCGGCAAGAGAUUACUCGGAGAGAAGAAGCUUCAGAUACACAUUUACAAGAAACAUCAAGAUUCAUCAAAAUCGGCCAUCCUUGAGAGGCUGAGAGGGGGUGGGGCAAGGGGUGUGGUCUUCCCCGACUGGAUGCCGUGUUCUUCAGACUGGGCAGAGAUACCUCAGAGUGAGUUGUCGGACUAUUUCCCCACCUGCCCCCCUGUCCCCUUCUCCCUUCACAACUCCACCCCAUCACCUCACCCCCUCACAACCCACACCCUCUCGCGGAACUCUGCCCCCUUCGUCUCCGACGAUUAUGGGGCGAUAUUCUCAGUUGGGGGACCUGUCUGGGCCAUGGAUUGGGCCCCCGUCUCCACGGCAACAGCCAAUCAGAUUCUUGCUGUCGCUCCGUACAGAAAUAGAUACGACGUAAGUAGAACGGAUGUAGCAAUCUUUUGUUUUAUGAAUAUCUUUAUAGUUCUUUCAAAUGGAGACAGCUUUCACGAUGAAGGGAAUAUACAAAUAUGGGAUGUUGGUCCGAUCUCCAUGGUGACCGAAACUCCGCCCACUCCUGUUCUGUCGUUGACGGUGGCCCACGAGUUUGGCGUGGUUCGCGAGGUGAAGUGGUGCCCCUCUGGUUGCCACGACGACGACGACGACGAAGGGGAGGAGAAAUGGUUGAGGGUGGGUCUACUUGCUGUUGCCAGUAGCGAUGGAUUUGCAAGAAUAAUCAGCAUCCCCAGAAUCAAGAGAAGAGGAGACCCCAAGGCUGGUAGUAGCUCCUUCACUGCUACGCCGAAAACAGUCUCUGCUGUCCUGGUUCCGUACGGAAUCGGGGCACCAAACACCACGCCCACAUUCCAGUGUCUCUGUCUCGACUGGUUGCCUAGCAACAAGCACUCCAAGAUCGCAGCCGGAUUCUCCAACGGUAUGGUAUGUAUCUGGGAUAUGGGGUGUGGGUUCCAAAUGGAGCCCACCCCAGAUGGGCGUGGUCAGAUUGUCCACCCAGUGGUAGACAUCUCGGCCCAGCAUGGUCUCUGUUCCAGUCUGGCCUGGUGUCCUCUGGAUCCAAACUACCUCUGCACCGGUGGGAAGGAUAGAGCGGUGAACGUGUGGGACAUCAGACAACCAGUUGCACCAGUUGAAACUCACGUGGAAAGAGGAGCGUUCUUCCUGCGAGAGCUGAUCUGGCCUCUGCUGUGGCCGGCAGUGUUCACAGUGGCUGGAAUCUCCGGCACGGUUCAGAUCAUCUCUUAUUCUCACCAGAGCCCGGGGAACAGACCCACCCGAGUCAUGUCUGAGAACUACGCACCGGUCUCCCUUUGA